AUGUCUCCAAAACUCGACCCCUCAAGCAGCGACUUCUGGAAUUGCGACCAGUUUGACUGGGCUGACGACGUGGAAGGUGAAGAAUCUCCUCAAGAAACGGUGUCGCCCAUUACACGUCCUUCCAGCCCCUUGUGGGAGUAUCUAACUGACGACACUGACGAUAUUGAUAUUAUCACCCAAGUCGAACCAUCUACACCCUCUGACAGCCCUAAACGCGUAUGGAGGGAAAAAGAUACAAUCACUACACUGGAAACCAUUUACGAAGAUGAAAUCAUGUCUGAUACACACGCUGAUGCUGGUACGAAACUAUUUUGUGUUUCCCCCAUCCAAGAAAUCAACCGCGAGCCAACUAAUCAGGAUCUGGAAUCUCUUGCAACUCAGGUCGUCUAUGAGUUUGCCUGGCGUGCAGGCUAUAUGCUGCAAUACCCAGGUGUUCAUCACUUUAAUUGGCUAGGUGAGGGCGUCCCCCAUCGCAGCACCACCUUGCCCGAGGAGUCACUCGCCAUAAUGCUUGCUAAACCCAAAGUCCCCGAAGCAACACAGAACUAUCUGGUACAAUCGAUUCUACGACGUGCUUACCGAUACUUGGACCCUGUGAUUGUUUGCCUCGACGAAGAAAUUGACCCAUCACUGCUGAUCCUGCGCGGUUCUGCACUACAACAUGCUGCAGCUGAUCAUUGCUUUAAGCACUACACAUCCCACGGCGAAUGGAUGUUUGAUAGCGAAGAACCAGCAAACCAAAACACAGUGGAUAUCGGUGAAAUCAGCACAUAUCUGGCCCCAAAUUCGAUUAUUGGUAAUGGCUUUGUUAGUAAUAAGCAUAUUCGCUCUCGAGGAGAAGUCCAGCAAAUUCGUGAUGAGGAGAUUGCUUAUCCUACUGGAAUCAUCCGACGACGCGAUCGUACGAGGACAUAUCGACCAUCCACUCUGCGCCAAUGUGAGACUAUUACCCCAGAACCGACUGUUAUUGAUAAUACUGCUGUUAUUAAGAGAAAGCCCGUUCCUUCGCCUGCUACUUCACCUACCCCUGUACAUGUUUCUGAGACUUCUCUCAUUUUGACUUCAUCCCCUGUUUUGGAUGCGUCUCCUUCUAAUUCCACUUCUCAUCCACCCACCGAGGUAGAUUCAAAGUCUGAAACUAAAUCGCCACGUCAACUGGCAGCUGUUCGAUCAGCUCGUGCGUCUUUGGUGAGCAAUGUAACGAAUAAUGAGGAUCCGAGUCGAGAUACCGAUGUUUACUUUAGCUUCCCACCAUUAAGAGUAGGAGAAUCGAAACUGAAGAGAUGCUUUCGAAAGAUGAAGGAAUUCGUUCAAUCACAACUCAGCUGCGUACAGGGUCGCCGUUGA